AUGCUCGCCCCUCUGGAUCCUCCCGCAAGCGGCAGCACCACACCAGGAUGUAGCAGAGAAGCCCUCACCUCCAGCGGGGCAGCACAAGGACCAAUCACUGCAGCGUCACCACAAUACAUCGACGGAACCAUUGUUACGCCUCAUAUCGGUGCAGAAUCUCCGUACUGGACACCGACAACACCUUCUCGUAGCCCUCACGUCCAGUCGUCCGGGUAUUCCCCGUCCGUCAGCAACCUCCAGGCUUACUCGCCAACCCCGGCCUCAAGUUAUGUUCCACCACCGUCCCCCACACCCAGUCAGAGAGGCGCAUACCCAGUACCAGAAGGACACUACUACAACAACAGCGCAGCCAUAUACCCUUCCUCCACCGACGGCAUUUCUCGACAGUACAUAUACCAGCAGGAUCCUUACCAGCAAUCAUAUCUGCACCACCAGCAAGUAUACCCAGAACCAGUCGUCCGCGCCUACCCGAACCCCGCACUGGUCGACAACCCCAUCACCCCCACCACCGCCAUGAAGCCCACCAAGCCAGCCCUCGUAUCAACCAAGAAACCAAAAUCCACCGGUCGUCGGAAAAAGAUCAUCUGGGCCAUGGCUAUCAUCACCAUCGUCCUUCUCGCAGUAGUCAUCUACCUCGUCGUCUCCAUGAAGAAGAACAAGGACUCAUCAUCAUCAUCAUCAGGAGGAUCCUCAACCUCAGGAGGCCGCGUCCAAGCCCCACCGAUUCCGCCAUACCCCUCCGAAAAGGGCCACUGCCCAACCUUCUUCUGCCACAACUACUUUUUUAACACAUGCGAGGGCGAAUGUAAGAAGGAUAGCGUCUACCAGACCUGCAAGGAUGGAUGCAAGGGCGAGUUCUUUUGUAUCAAUGAUUGCGAGAAGGGGGAGACGUGUUUUGAUGAUUGUACGACGAACCUUGGCCGCUGUAAUAGUUAUUGCUUCAGGUAG